UCCCUUCGGAGUUGCACUUUUCGCCCAUAUUCAUCCGCAUCCGCCGCUUAUAGAGCGGCCUCCAUCAACUCUCGGAGAAGUGGAGGGAACACAACACGGGGUCACUGGUUAGGAAGUCGGUCGGGCACUGGUGCCGCCGUGAAGCCUACAACCUAGCCCAGCAAACUUGUGGUUAUUGUGAGUACUGGUACUCGGGUAUUACUGAUUGGAGGUCGCCUGUCGGUACUCGCUCUCUUGUCUGUCGGUGAGCCUCGUCACCCCAGUUCCCGUUUUGUGAAUCUUGUGGCCGUAUUGGGGCUGGCAUGCUCUUGCGCUGCGCCUAAUUCGCUCCAUGUCUGUGCAAUACGAGUAUGAUGGCUCAUACAGUGCUGACUAGGUUAAAGGUCUUCAGAAGGUGUGCCUGCCAAUUAAACUACACCACCACCAGUCACAUGUCUGGGCUUUAGGGAAUUGUUGCUCACUUGACAGGAAAUCAACGACCUCGCUAUCGGAGGAAGGUCCCAACGGAUCCGGGGGGUGGGAGCUCUAAGAAUGGUCGGUUCAGAGGUGGAUCAGAAAUACAUAGGCACUUUUGCGAAGACUACGGCAGGUCUCAGUGUGAUGCUUUCGGCCGGCCUCUACAAACUCCUGGGCCUGUCCACACUUCUUUCGCGGAAACUCCUGCGCGCACGGAAACAACGAAAGUUGGAUACGAGCCGAGACACAAGGUCGCUCGACCUUUAUCGCCACAUAAUAUGGAUGGCCCGGGAAGGCCUAACCAUCCUACAGAAUGAAAUUCAGCCCGAAAUGGUGAAUUACGCAGGAUCCAAGUAUGCUUCUCUGAACGAGCUCCGGGUGCUGGUCGCGAAACUCAAUGCCUCAUUCCUUCACAUAUUUGUUCUGUUUGAUCAUACGUACCAGACGAAGACGGCUAUGGUGCCGCAAGUUCCUAGGAUGGGGAAUGGGGUCAAUGGAACGGCCCAACUCAGCGGCUCGUUGGGAAUAAAUGGCGUGGGUGCCAUUAACUCAUCCUAUGCAUACAUCACGCCUACCCUUGAUGCCUUUAGCAGGGCGGAAGGAUGUGCUCGUGAACUGUUACCGGGAUCGCAUCCACUCAGGUUAUCUGUGAAGUUGGAAUAUAGUGCCUUUCUUUACGAUUGCACGAAGGAUUAUGAGAAUGCCCGGCACGUUGCACAGAGGGCUGUCGAUGAGGCGGUCGCUUCGAUGGAUGCAAUGCCUGACGAUGAGGAGACAUUUGAGGAUUACAUGGAGCGUGAGUUACCUUCUUGCAACCAGCUCGUCGCCGCGAGACUAACGAUGAGGUUUAGUGGUAGGCAGCCUGAGUGUUCUAGCUAAGCGGGGAGAGCCAUCUCCUAGACCCUCUCCUCGAAUGAACGACUACCCCGAUGAUGUGGCCAACGGCCAUGUGAUAUGAGUAUUGAUGGAUCGGCUCGGUUUGUUGCUGCUAAGAGGGAGCCCUUGGUGGGAAGGUUUUGUAUGGGAUUGUAGGAUAUACGGAGUGGAGUGAUUUUUUUUUCGGCCGAUUCUUGGUAACAGGAUUUUUUCCUUCCUUUCCUUGGCGAAUUUUUUUUCGCAGCAGCAGCAUUCCUUUUCAAUUUUCAUUCCCUUUGUCCCAAAACGACGAAAAAUGGGUUGACCGGGGGUUUAUGUUUUUAAUUUUCGGGGUUUGCUAUGGUUUGGGGGCAUUCGAUUUGUCGUCCCCUUUUCAAUUGGGUUGGGGGUGGGAGAUUUUGUGAUUUUCUGCUCAUCAUCAUAAUUGUAGAUUUGUGUUUUAUGCUUGAUGAUGUUUUAUGCAUGCCUUUUCUUGCCGAAUGAUCUGUAUGUAGAAUAAAGUAGGCGACUCGUG